CCUUUCUCGGCAUGCGCAUGAUUUAAAAGCUCUCGGCCGCGAAGGUCAGGCACUUUUCGCUGUUUGUCGUCGUUCCCCCCCACCUACCCACUAUGCACUUCACUCGUGCUAUCGCUGCCGCCGCUCUGCUGCUCGCAGCCACCGUCGCCGCCGCACCUGUGCCCGGCGACGAGCUACCAGAAUUGAAACGUGCAGACGCGGGCGUCGUGUCGUCUGACUGGAAGCGGGAAGCUGGUGUCCCUACGUCCGACUGGAAGCGUGAAGCUGGUGUCCCGACCUCCGACUGGCGACGCGAUGUCCCUACAUCCGACUGGAGACGCGGUGUGCCUACGUCCGACUGGAGGAAACGCCAGGGCAUCCGCAACUCGGACUGGUAGCAAGACGUCCUCCGACUCGGUGUUGCCCAUUGCUGUGGAACUUAUUGACUGCACGAAUAUCCUCUUCCCCUCCCGGACCUUUCGCACUCGUUUACUUCCCCGCCGGUUGUACUGUCGCCUUGUAUUCUAUACUUGGGCUUGCAUUUAGCGCUCAGA